AUGUCCUCUCGCAGACCGAACACCCCUCCUUCAGCGAAGCACUCUCGCGCAUCCUCAGUAAUCAGCCAGUCCGCUCAACAACACGUACCUCAAAUCCCAAGCAGCUUGCGCGAAGCACAUACUCUCUCUAGAUCUCCAGAAGAGAUAGGGCAAGGUUCGGGCACAGACACCGCACCGAGCAGUUCGAAUCCUUCACCGAAUACAUACCCUACCCACCCAGAUACGGACCAUGCGGCAGACGACGCUGUAGAUGCAGAACACAAUGGAGUUGGUAUUGCUAAUUUUGGGAAUAGAGUGGCCUCAGAGACAACUGCGCUGUUGAAGAGGCCAUUUGAAUUGGUUGUAAGCUCUCCACAUGCUGGGCCUUGCAAUCAUGGCACAUUCAGUCCCCGGCUGGAAAGCCGACCAGAAAGUGUGAUGAGUGGGCACAGCGGAUAUGGGUUUGGAGGAUCAAUGCCUAGAAAUACACGAGAAACUAGCGGUUCAAGCAGUUCUAUGUUUGGGAGCUUCCUCGAGAAUGUUGGCAUGAAAACCGGGUCUGGAUCGAGCAACAAGAAGAAAAUGAGCACGACUAGUUAUUUGGCAGAGCAGCAUGGCAUUAGAAAUACUAGGACAAUGUACUUCGCCUAUUACAUCCCCUUCUUCGCCUGGAUACGACAAUACAAAUGGGUACACCUCCGAGGGGAUCUAAUAGCUGCUCUCACUAUGGCAUCGUUCUACCUUCCCAUGGCCCUAUCUUACGCGUCAAACCUUGCCCACGUUCCCCCUAUAAAUGGAUUGUACUCAUUCGUUUUCAAUCCGCUUAUAUAUGCAAUACUUGGCAGCUGCCCGCAAAUGGUGGUUGGUCCUGAAGCCGCAGGUAGUCUUUUAGUAGGAAGCGUUGUUCGUUCCAGUGUAGACAGUGGGCAAACACCUGAAAAUGACGAUAUUAUGCAUGCUAGAGUUGCCGGUAUUGUUACCGGGAUGGCAGGAGCUGUGAUAUUUAUUGCUGGUCUGACACGCCUGGGAUUCUUGGAUAGCGUCCUCAGUAGACCAUUCUUGAGGGGCUUUAUUUCGGCUAUCGGAUUUGUCAUUAUGGUAGAUCAGCUUGUACCUGAGUUAGGUCUGGCAGAUUUGGCAGAAGAAGCACGAGUUGCCCAUGGUAGCAGUGUUGAAAAACUGCGAUUCCUUUUUGGAAACCUCCAUGAGAUAUCUGGCAAGACUGCAGCUGUUGCUGGGGUAAGUUUUGUAAUUAUUAUGACCUUCAGAGAAGGGAAGAGAUACCUUCAGCCUCGGUACCCUAAGGUUGCAUACAUCCCAGACCGUUUUUGCGUUGUGGUACUAUCAGCAAUUUUGAGCUGGCAGUAUCGCUGGGACCAGCAUGGAAUCGAAAUCCUUGGCAAAGUAGAAUCGUCAACGGGGUCUCCCUUCCCCUUCCAUUGGCCUUUCCAACUAGAUCAUAUGAAACAUGUUCGGGAAGCAAUGGGAACUUCGUUCCUGAUUGCUCUACUCGGCUUCUUUGAAUCUUCUGUUGCUGCUAAAAGCCUUGGUGGAGGAGAGAGCAAAGAUGGCAUUCAGGGAAUUGCCUUGAGUCCCAACAGGGAACUCGUGGCUUUAGGGGUAGCCAACUUGGUUGGUGGAUGUUUCAGUGCACUACCCGCUUUUGGUGGUUACGGGAGAAGCAAAGUGAACGCCAGUACGGGCGGGAAGACGCCGAUGAGCAGCAUUUUCCUGAGUAUCAUUACUAUCAUUUGCAUAUUGUACUUGCUGCCAGCGUUUUAUUAUCUUCCCAAAGCAGUUCUAUCUGCAAUGAUCACUGUUGUGGCCUGGUCCCUUGUCGAGGAGGCACCCCACGAUAUCUUAUUCUUUCUAAGGAUAAGAGGUUACACAGAACUGGGGCUCAUGAUUAUAAUCUUUGCUGCAACAAUAUUCUAUUCCCUCACCCUUGGGAUUGCUAUUGGGGUAGGCUUGUCACUCCUAUCCGUCAUCAAACACAGUACUCGGCCACGUAUCCAAAUCCUAGGGAGAAUACCAGGGACAAACAAAUUUGCAAACGCAGAAGACAACCCGGAUAAACUAGAAUUCAUCGAAGGAUGCCUAAUUGUCAAGAUCCCCGAGCCCUUGACAUUCGCAAAUACGGGCGAUCUGAAGAAUCGCCUCCGAAGGUUGGAAUUAUACGGUACAACUGGUGCACAUCCUGCAUUACCCCGAGUUCGAUCGCCAGAGCACAACAAAAACAUCAUUUUCGACAUUCAUGGCGUGACGGGCUUAGAUGGCUCCGGGACACAGGUCUUGGAAGAGAUUGUGCGCGGCUAUAGAGAUCGCGGGGUCAGGGUAUUUUUCUCUCGGGCCCCAGCUGAUGGAACUCCGAUAUUCGAACUUUUCCGCCGGAGUGGGAUUAUUGAAAUUUGUGGGGGCAAAGAUCAUUUCGUUGCAGAUGUUGGUGAAGCGCUGCGACUUACUGAGGAUGAAGGCGAUGAGUCUGGUUAUGAAAAUCUGGCUGGUGAUGAAGGUGGCGGAUGA